AUGCAAGUUUCUAGUGCGAAGAACAAAAAUCCAGUCAUUGGUGACAUGUCUUUCUAUGGGAUGAUUAAGGAGAUUUGGGAAGUCAGUUACAAUAUGUUUAAUAUUGUUAUUUACAAAUGCAAUUGGGUUGAAAAUAAGACUGGUGUUCAAAAAGACGAUCUUCAUUUCACGUUAGUUGACCUAAGUCGAAUCGGAGAUUCUUCAAAUUCCUUCAUUAAUACCACACAUGGGAAACAAGUUUUUUAUGUCUCAAAUCCUGUUGAUGCAAGAGGGUCUGUUGUUGUAAUGCCACCACAGAAAGACUUUCCCUACAAAUAUGCUAAUGAUGACCUUGGAGAUAUGUUGUUGCACUAUCCUCCAAGCAGACAAAAGAGUUACGCUGAUGUACGACGUAAGGACCUCGAGUUUGAAGUGGGAGAUAUGGUCUUUCUGAAGGUUGCACCCAUGAAGGGUGUUCUGAGGUUCGCGAAGAAGGGGAAGCUGAGUCCACGCUUCGUAGGGCCGUUCGAGAUACUGGAGCGGAUUGGCCCCGUGGCUUAUCGCUUGGCGCUACCCCCAUCCCUUGCUGCAGUGCACGACGUAUUUCAUAUCUCCAUGCUGAGGAAAUAUGUCGCAGACCCAACACACGUGGUGGACUUCGAGCCACUACAGUUUAGCGAGAACUUGAGCUACGAGGAGCAGCCUGUCGAGGUCUUGGCAAGGGAGGUUAAGAAGCUUCGCAGUCGAGAAAUUCCACUGGUCAAGAUCCUUUGGCAGAACCAUGGAGUGGAAGAGGCCACAUGGGAGAAAGAAGAGGACAUGAGGGCCCAGUACCCCGAGCUGUUCGAGGAUUAG